AUGGUCUCCCUCCCCGAGACGAUCAAAGCGCUUCAAGUUCAGGAUGACCGGACUGUUAAGGUUAUAGACCUCCCAUUCGCCUCGCAAGAGAAGGUGCAGAACCUUCCCGAGGACCAAAUUCUUGUGCGCGUUCGCGUUGUCGGAUUGAACCCCACCGACUGGAAGCAUGCUCUCGGCGACUGGGGCUCGGGCGGCACGAUCGCUGGCUGUGAUGCAGCUGGAGACGUUCUCGCCGUCGGCUCAGCCGUAACUCAUAUCACGGUUGGAGAUCGCGUCGCGGCUUUCAAUGAAGGCGGCGCCUGGCAAACUGAUAACGGAGCAUACGCCGAAUACGCCCGCUUCAUCGCAGCUGCAGCCUUUGUCCUUCCGCCCGACAUGACGUACGAAGAAGGCGCAUCGAUCCCCAUCCCACACUACACCUCCGUACAAACGUUCUACAUGCGCUUGGGACUUCCCAAGCCGCUCACGCCAGAGGCUACCGAGUUCAAGAAGCGGGGCGAGAAGAUCCUGAUCUGGGGCGGGAGCACGGCAGUUGGGCACCAUGCCAUCCAGCUGGCAGUGCUUUCGGGGUUGGAGGUUUUCGUGACGGCGUCGCCUUCUGCUCAUGAAGAAGUUAAAGCUCUCGGCGCAUCGCACGUUUUCGACUACAAGGAUCCUGAAGUCGCUUCGAAGAUCCAAGCAGCUGCCGGCGAGAAGGGCAUCAUCUACGCGCUCGAUACCGUUGCAGAGAACGGAACUACGGAUACGACCAUCGAUGCGAUGUCACACACUCGCGAUAGCAAGGUCAUUGUCUUGCUGCCCGUUUCCGACGCGACCCAGAAGCGCCGUUCCAAUGUCAAAGUCGAACUCACUCUCGGUUACACAAUCCUCGGCUACCCCAUCCACUUCGCGCACACCGCGCACUUCCCAGCGAGGCCGGACGAUAAGGCCGCGAUCCAGGCAUACUGCGCCAAUGACAUCCUUCGCGUGCUUGAGGGCUGGAAGGCGGGCGAAGGCGCGCCACGCUUCAAGACACAGCGGUUGCGCGUGCUUAAUCCUGGGUUCGAUGGUCUUGAAGAAGGUCUGAAGAUUAUGCGGGACGGAGCGUACGGUCGCGAGAAGCUCGUUUGCAGAAUCGCUUAA